UUCUCUUUUUUUUUUUCUUCCACUUUUCUGUGUUGUUUUCCGGCAUAGAGGACCACCUGAGCCUGUAGACUGAAGCUGACAUGGCUUCAGAGAAGGAAAGUAAUGGACUUGACAACUAUGCAUUUGCACUUGAAGGGCACUUUUGUGAUCUACCUGAAACAGAACAUGGAGAAGAAAUGGACACAUCUAUGGAGGGAGACAACAACAAGUUAGCAUAUUGUGUAACAGAUGUACCUCCCUGGUACCUGUGCAUCCUUCUAGGCAUCCAGCACUGUUUGACUGCAUUUGGAGGCAUCAUCGCCAUCCCCUUAAUCCUGUCUCAGGGGUUGUGUUUGCAACAUGAUGGCCUCACACAAAGUCACCUCAUCAGUACCAUCUUCUUCGUCUCUGGUAUUUGCACUCUGCUGCAAGUUACCUUCGGCAUUAGACUACCCAUUCUCCAAGGUGGUACAUUCACAUUACUGGCACCUUCCAUGGCAAUGCUUUCUAUGCCAGAGUGGUCGUGUCCAGCUUGGACCCAAAAUGCUAGCCUAGUCAACACCUCCUCCCCAGAAUUUAUAGAGGUGUGGCAAAGUAGAAUGAGAGCACUCCAGGGGUCCAUUAUGGUCGGCUCACUUUUGCAGGUGUUUGUUGGUUUCUCCGGCCUCAUUGGCCUCUUCAUGCGCUUCAUCGGACCUCUUACUAUUGCUCCCACCAUCUCUCUCAUUGGACUGUCCCUGUUUGACUCAGCUGGUACCAAUGCCGGCUUUCAUUGGGGCAUUGCUGUCAUGACUAUAGUACUGAUCACCCUGUUCUCACAGUAUCUCCGUCACAUACCUGUGCCCUUUCCUGCGUACAGCAAGGAUAAAAAACUACACGUCUCCCGUGUCUACGUCUUUCAGAUUCUCCCUGUUCUGCUUGGGAUCACUUUAUCAUGGCUAAUCUGCUACAUUUUGACCACAUACAAUGUACUUCCUGCUGAGCCAGACAAGUAUGGUUACAUGGCCCGCACUGAUCUAAAGGGAAAUGUUUUGAGCCAAGCUCCCUGGUUCACUUUUCCAUACCCAGGUCAGUGGGGGAUACCGACUGUAAGCCUUGCAGGGGUGGUUGGCAUCUUGGCUGGUGUGAUUUCCUCAAUGAUAGAAUCUGUAGGGGACUACCAUGCUUGUGCCAGGCUAUCUGGGGCUCCACCUCCCCCUAAACAUGCUAUCAACAGGGGUAUUGGCAUUGAGGGACUUGGCUGUCUGCUGGCUGGAGCCUGGGGUACAGGAAAUGGUACCACUUCAUACAGCGAAAAUGUUGGAGCCCUUGGUAUUACAAAGGUUGGCAGUCGCAUGGUGAUAGUAGCCAGUGGAGUCUUGAUGAUUAUUAUGGGUGUGUUUGGUAAAGUUGGUGCUAUAUUCACCACUAUCCCACAACCCGUGGUAGGGGGAAUGUUCAUGGUUAUGUUUGGUGUCAUCUCUGCAGCAGGAGUUUCUAAUUUGCAGUAUGCAGAUAUGAAUUCAUCUCGAAACAUCUUCAUUUUUGGCUUCUCCAUGUUCUCUGGUUUGGUCAUUCCUAACUGGAUAUUAAAGUACCCUGAGGCGAUUACUACAGGUGUAGUUGAACUUGACCAGAUGCUGCAGGUCCUACUGACAACCAGUAUGUUUGUAGGAGGUUUCUUUGGCUUCAUACUGGACAACACAAUUCCAGGAUCAAAGCAUGAACGAGGCAUCGUGGCCUGGAACAAGGCUCAUGAAGACGACUCCAGCAACACACUUGAGAGUGGAGAAGUCUACAACCUUCCCUUUGGCAUUACCUCUUUUUUGUCUUCUUCCUCAUGGACCCGGUACAUGCCUUUCUGUCCUCCUGGUGUGCGCAGUUCCCCGGAUGAAUGCGGGGCUAAUACUAAUGCCCUGGAAUCUAAGCAGCCACCGAGAGAUCAAGACCCCCCACAGAUCCUUAUUGGAGUCACUCUAUGAGUGGUGUAGUCAUGUCAGCAUGCCGUGCCAUUUUUGGGAAUUUUCAAAAAAACAUGCCAUCCGUGGCAGCUCAGUUUGGACCUCCUGUCUUUUGUUAAAGAGACUGUACUGUAACAAGACACAGUGCAAAAUAUAUCACUUUUAAAAUGGCGUUUGAGGAUGACAUUUUGAUUAAAAUAAGAUUAAUAUAUGGACUUCCUCCUGUAGGAAGCCCUUAAGGAAUCUACAGUUACUUUAGUAAACAUUUUGUAAAUUAUUAAUUAUAUAGUUGACAUAUAUGUAUACGCACACACACACACAGACACACACACAU